AUAUGAAGAAAUUUCCACGUUGUUUAAUUUACCUGUGAGGAAAAAUAAAUAUUAACUGGGAAAACUUUUAGAGUGCCAAAAUGUCAGUCAGUAAAAGUUUACAGGAUGUACCCAGAGUACCAGAAUCUGUUAACUUUUCUGCUGAAGAGGAGAAAGUCCUCAAAUAUUGGAAAGAUAUCAAAGCUUUUGAAACAUGUUUAAAACAGUCCAAAGGAAAACCGAGGUACACCUUUUAUGAUGGUCCACCUUUUGCUACGGGCCUUCCCCAUUAUGGACAUAUACUAGCUGGAACAAUAAAGGAUGUAGUAACGAGGUAUGCACAUCAACAAGGCUUUCAUGUGGAGAGACGUUUUGGAUGGGAUACACAUGGAUUACCUGUAGAAUUUGAAAUUGAUAAAAACCUAGGAAUUAAAGGUCCUGAAGAUGUCAUGAAGUUAGGAAUCGAUAAGUAUAAUGCAGAAUGUCGAAAAAUAGUAAUGCGUUACAGUGCAGACUGGGAAAACAUUGUAGGAAGGCUUGGAAGAUGGAUCGAUUUUAAAAAUGACUACAAGACAUUAUAUCCAUGGUUUAUGGAGUCAGUUUGGUGGAUAUUUAAGCAACUAUAUCAAAAAGGUUUGGUUUAUAAAGGGAACAAAGUGAUGCCUUAUUCCACUGCGUGUAGCACACCACUCUCAAAUUUUGAGUCUGGCCAAAACUACAAAGAUGUUGUUGAUCCUGCCGUAACGGUAAGUCUACCAGUAUUAAAUGAUAGCGACAAUGCUGCAUUAUUAGUUUGGACAACUACUCCUUGGACAUUGCCAAGUAAUUUAGCUGCAUGUGUAAAUCCUGGCAUGGAGUAUGUGAGACUGAAACAGCUUUCAACUGGCAAUGUUUAUAUCAUGAUGGAGGGUAGAAUCGAAACAAUUUUCCAAGCCGAUGACUAUGAAGUAUUGAAGAAAUUUUUGGGAAGAGAAUUGAAAGGAUUAAGAUAUGAACCAGUUUUUCCAUAUUUCAGUAAUAUGGCAGAGAGAGGAGCUUUUACCGUAUUGGUAGAUGAAUAUGUCACAGCUGAAUCAGGUACUGGUGUAGUACACCAAGCACCAUAUUUUGGAGAAGAUGAUCACAGAGUAUGUCUAGCAGCAGGAAUAAUCACUAAAGAUAUGGAACCUGUUUGCCCCUUAGACUCUAUAGGAAGAUUUGUUGAUCCGGUGUCUGAUUUUAAGGGUCAAUAUGUUAAGGAUGCUGACAAAAAUAUUAUCUCUCAUCUAAAAAAUAACAAAAGACUUGUGCAUCAAUCACAGAUCAAGCACAGCUAUCCUUUUUGUUGGAGAUCAGACACUCCCCUAAUUUAUAAGGCAGUACCAUCAUGGUUUGUACGUGUAGAACACAUGCAGCAGGAACUUCUCGAUGCAACUGCGGCAACUUACUGGGUACCAGAGUUCAUCAAAGAAAAAAGAUUUGGAAACUGGUUAAAAGAAGCUCGUGACUGGGCUAUCAGCAGAAACAGAUAUUGGGGCACCCCAAUACCACUCUAUAUGUCUCCUAGUGGAGACGAAAUACGUUGUAUUGGCAGUAUUGCAGAGUUAGAGGAAUUAUGUGGAGAGAAAGUAACAGAUUUGCACCGGGAGAGUGUUGAUCAAUUAGAAAUCCCAAGUGUUGUACCUGGUAACCCUCCAUUAAGACGCGUUCCUGAAGUAUUUGAUUGUUGGUUCGAAUCUGGCUCCAUGCCGUAUGCCCAACAGCAUUAUCCUUUCGAGAACUCCAAAGAGUUUGAAGAAAAUUUUCCUGCCGAUUUCAUUGCUGAGGGAAUUGAUCAGACCCGCGGAUGGUUUUAUACUUUAACUGUUAUAUCAACGGCAUUAUUUGGAAAAGCGCCUUAUAAAAAUCUUGUGGUUAAUGGUCUAGUUUUAGCUGGAGAUGGCCAAAAGAUGUCUAAAAGAAAAAAGAACUAUCCUGAUCCAAUGGAAGUUGUCCACAAGUAUGGAGCUGAUGCUUUGAGACUAUAUUUGAUUAGUAGUCCAGUUGUGCGAGCAGAAAAUCUGCGUUUUAAAGAAGAAGGUGUUAGAGAUAUUGUCAAAGAUGUAUUUUUGCCUUGGUACAAUGCUUUCAGAUUUUUGAUGCAAAACAUAGAAAUCUACGUUGAAGAAAAUCAAAAACCUUUUAUCUACGAUAGUAAGAAUGUAAACAGCAAUAACAUUAUGGACCGCUGGAUACUCUCAUUUACUCAAUCUUUACUUGAAUAUGUUAGGAAGGAAAUGAAGCUGUAUCAUUUGUAUAACGUUAUUCCCAGGCUGACAAAGUUCAUUGAUUAUUUGACAAACUGGUAUGUCAGAAUGAACAGGAAGAGAUUGAAAGGCGAGAGUGGAGAACCAGACUGCAAAACUGCACUCACAACUCUAUAUAACAUUUUGUUUAACAUUAUUAGAAUGAUGGCACCGUUUGCCCCAUUUAUUUCAGAAACUAUGUAUCAGUAUAUGAAAAAUCUGACAAAUUGCACUGCAGAAAGUGUUCACUAUUUAAUGCUGCCUGCUCCAGAAACCUCGUUAAUUGAUGUGAACAUUGAACGGGCUGUUUCAAGAAUGCAAAGUGUCAUUGAACUGGGAAGAGUUAUCAGGGACAGAAAAACAAUUCCAAUUAAAUACCCCUUACCGGAAGUCAUUGUAAUUCAUCAAAAUCCACAGUAUAUUGAUGAUAUUUUGUCGCUUAGAGAAUACAUCCUUUCUGAAUUGAAUGUGAGAACCAUCAGUACUACAACAGACAAAAGCAAGUUUGGUAUCACUUUGCGAGCAGAGCCGGACCAUAAAGUUCUUGGGCUAAGAUUAAAACAAGAAUUUAAAGCAGUCACACAAGGAAUAAAAGCUCUAACUGACAGUGAGAUCAAUGAAAUGGUAUCUGAAGGGUUCAGGACUAUCAGCGGACAAAAAAUAGCGAUAGACGAAGUCCGAUUAAUUUUCAAAUCAGAAAGUUUAAACACAGAUCAGUAUGAAGUAAACAGCGAUAAUGACGUACUUAUUCUAAUGGAUAUAACACCAGAUUCGUCUAUGCAAGAUGAAGGUACUGCCAGAGAAAUAAUUAACAGGAUCCAAAAGCUGAGAAAAAUAGCUCAUUUAGUACCGACAGAUGAGAUUACCGUUUUCUACAGAACAGAUGGAGAUUUAAAACGCGUCGCGGAAGAGUAUAAAAGUUUUAUCGAAAGUACCAUUAAAGCCAGCUUAAAAACAGUUGAUCAAAGAAAAUCCUCUGAUCAGCUUAUCAUUGAGAAGACUCAGGAACUGAAGGAAUUCACUUUAUACAUUGCCUUGACGAAAAUAAGUAAUGUCGAAUUACCUUGUGUUAGAUGGGUUAAUGUCCAACUAGUUGGUCUUAAGUCGCGCUAUUGCAACGGUUCAUCCAAGGGAAUGGUUCUGUUAGAGGUUGCAAAAAAUGUACUUAAUUUAAGUAAAUUUAGAAGUGAGAUAUUAAGACUAUUUGGAGUAGAAACAUUCGCAUUACUUCUAGCCACUGGGGAGGCCAUCAAAGCAGAUGAAGCACUGUUACAGGCUACAAAUAGUACAAUUUUUGUAGUUCCCAAAGAUGGGAAAUUAGAAUUACCUAGCCCUAGUUCUGUUCCUUUUUGCAAAUUAAAGAAUUUUAAUGAAAAUGGCGUUUCAGGAACAAUUUUAACUGAGAAUCCUGUGGGAAUCCCCGUUGUAGCACCCCCUGAUAUAAAUAAAAUUGUUAAACUUUGGUUAUAGAAAUAGCUAAUUUAUUUCUUUUAUGAUAUAUUUUCCUUGAUGUUAAAAUUUGAUUUAGGGUAAUUUAUUUUAACUUAUUUUUCUUAUAAA